GAGCUGACCGUGACAGUUGUUGUAAUUGAAGAGGAGGAGAAAGAGCAGGAGGAAUCUGUAGAGGCUGUUGAAGAAGAGAAGUUCGCUGAGAGAGAGGAGGAGUCAGCAGGGGCGGACAAAGAUAGAGAAAUAGAGGAGAGAGAAGAUCCUCUCCCCCCACCACCCCCUAGUGUACCUGAAACUGAGUCCAUUAAUGAUGAGGUAGAGAGGAAAGCCUUGGAGACAUCUCCAGAGGCAGAAAAGGCACAAAUCAUUUUGCCUGUUGAUGAGACAGAGAAGACAGAGGACAAUGUUGGUUUGACGACAACAAAACCGCCAGUCCCGUCAACUAAUGAUGAGGUGGAGAGUAAAGAAGAGCUGUGUACAGAGAGUCGAAAGCCAGAAACCACAUCCACUACAGAUGAGUUAACGAAGGGAGAGCAGAGUGGCAGUCAGGAUGCAGAGAUGCCCAUCAGCCAGGUGACUAAUGAUGAUGUCAUGGCGAGAGUGAGUGAUGAAAGCGGGAGUCAAGUGACCGAUGACUGUCAAACGGUGUCCACUAGUGAUGAGGUCAGAGAGACACGGCAGGAGGAAGGACAGGAAGAGGAGCCUAAACAUCAGCCAGCCAAUGACAAUGAAGGAGAGAGUGAGGAAAGUAACAAUAAAUUGGCAAAAAAUCGACAGGUUUCACAAGAAGAGAGGGAUGAGAACCAGCAGGGAAGUGAGAAGAGUACAGAGAAAAAAGAGGAGGAGGUUAAAAGCCAUGUUACAGAGGAACAGGGAGAGACAACUAAAGCAGUUUUAGAGAAAAAAGAGGAGGGGCAUCAAGCGACAGAGCACCAGCCCCCGUUGUUCGUUACCAAGGAGUUCAUAGAGCUUGGAGUCGUCAAGAGUCAGGCAACCACAGCUCAACAGCCACAGGAUGUUGUCACUCCACCUGUUGAGGUAGAGGGAGGGAGCAAGAGCAAGGCACAGCCACUGAUACAGCCCAAUGAGAGUCAGGAGGGUGAGAACGGCUCUAAAGAGGAGGGAGGUUUACAACAGACAGAACAGCAGCUACAGGUGGAAGAGGGUGACAGUGAUAGGGCAGUGAAGGGAGGUGGUAGGGAGAGGGAAGAGCCGCAACAGGUUGGAGAUAAUGCGGUGGUGGGGAUGGACACAGAAGGCAGCAAAGUAGAGGAGGAGCAAAAGAAGGAGGAUAAUGUAGACAUAGCAGAGGAAGAGAGAAGAGGUGGCGGCGGUAUGGAGGAACAGACGGAAAAGGCUUUGGAGCCUGAUUAUGCUGCCAGAGAAGAGGGGGAAGAGAGAGAAGACAAAGUUGUAGCUCAGCCACAGUUACAGAUACUCAAGGGUUCAGCAGAAGCUACACAGGAGGACGACGACAAGGAUUUAGAGCAUGUCGAGGAGGCUUUCGAGCUUGAGGAGGGAGGAGACAUGGAGAAAGAACAGCCAGGAGAGGUCAUUCUGGAUGAGCCCGGAGCUGCAGAGUUGGGAGGGGCUGAAGAGAUGGAUAAUCCAGUCCAGGUCUCAGAGAUAGGGACGGGAGGAGCAGAGGGAGGGGGUGAGUUGGAGGAACAGCGAGUGACAAACAUUGACGAUAAUCUAGACUCACAAUCAGAGGUAGCGAUUGAGAUGGCGGAAGAGCCAGAAGAUCUCAUUGAGGAUGAGUCUAAAUCUGCAUUAGAGGGAGGCAGCAAGAGAGUAGAACAGCCAGGGCCUGCCACUAAGGAUGAGCCAGUAAAGUUUGGGAAGGAAUACAAAGUGAAGGACAGAAGGAAAGAGAAGAAAGAAGAGGUGGAGCUAGGGGUCAAAAGUCGCAAAGCCAGGAUAGAGAAUGGGUUCCCUGGAACAGAGGAGGUGAAACGACAACUGCUGAACGAGAUGCUGCUAACUCCCACAAGGCUGAGACAAGGAAAAAUGAAAGAGGAGGCGACAGUAAAAAGAGAUAGGGUGACACCCCGCAGAGGGAGCAACGACUGGAUCAAGAAGGAGGCCCCAGAGGAGGUGCAGACCCGCAGAGGGAGCAACGACUGGAUCAAGAAGGAGGCCCCAGAGGAGGUGCAGACCCGCAGAGGGAGCAAUGACUGGAACAAGAAGGUGGCCCCAGAGGAGGCGCAGACCCGCAGAGGGAGCAACGACUGGAACAAGAAGGCGGCCCCAGAGGAGGCGCAAACCCGCAGAGGGAGCAACGACUGGAACAAGAAAGCGGCCCCAAAGGAGGCGCAGACCCGCAGAGGGAGCAACGACUGGAACAAGAAGGCGGCCCCAGAGGAGGCGCAGACCCGCAGAGGGAGCAACGACUGGAACAAGAAGGCGGCCCCAGAGGAGGCGCAAACCCGCAGAGGGAGCAACGACUGGAACAAGAAAGCGGCCCCAAAGGAGGCGCAGACCCGCAGAGGGAGCAACGACUGGAACAAGAAUGCGGCCCCAGAGGAGGCACAGACCCCCUGGAGGAGGGAGGACUGGGCCAAGAAGGAGGCCCCAGAGGAUGUGCAGACCCGCAGAAGGAGUGAUGACUGGAUCAAGAAGGCCCCAGAGGAGGCACAGACCCCCGAGAGGAGUGAGGACUGGAUUAAGAAGUUGUCUCCAGAGGAGGCGCAGACCCGCAGAAGGAGCGACGACUGGAUCAAGAAGGAGGCCCCAGAGGAGGCGCAGACCCCUGGGUGGAGGGAGGACUGGAUUAAGAAGUUGUCCCCAGAGGAGGCGCAGACCCCUGAGCGAAAGGAGGACGGGAUUAAGAAGUUGUCCCCAGAGGAAGUGCAGACCCCCGAGAGGAGGGAGGACUGGAUAAAGGAGCUGAAGUCGGUGCUCAAAGAGGAGGUACUUUCCCCGAAGAGGAGAGAGGAGCAGGUGAAGAAAAAGAAGAAGAAGGUGGUGGUCAUGGACGAAGUGCCCACGUUCAUGCACCAGAGGACAGAGGUGAAGAUAGAGGUGAAGAAAGAGAAGGAGGCGCAGGGGGAGGAGAAGACGCCAAAGAAGUCUGUGAGGCUGCAGAGCCCAACUCCUCACGAGGAAGACAGCUACAGUCCGGACCCCCAGGAGUACGAGAUCUCCCUCUAUGUCAAGGCUGGCAGUGAUGGUGAGAGCAUCGGGAACUGUCCGUUCUCCCAGCGCCUCUUCAUGAUCCUGUGGCUGAAGGGAGUUAUCUUCAACGUCACCACAGUUGACCUCAAAAGGAAACCGGCGGACCUGCAGGACCUGGCCCCGGGGACCAACCCUCCAUUCGUCACAUUUAACGGGGAGGUGAAGGUCGACGUCAACAAGAUAGAAGAGUUCCUUGAGGAAAAACUCACGCCACCACGGUACCCCAAGUUGGCGACUAAUCACCCAGAGUCAAACACCGCAGGUAUAGAUGUGUUCUCCAAGUUCUCUGCCUACAUCAAGAACCCCCGCAAAGAUACCAACGACGGCCUGGAGAAGGCCCUGUUGAAGUCUCUGAGGCGGCUGGAUGAAUACCUGAGGACCCCCCUGCCGGAGGAGAUCGAUGCCAACAGCACAGAAGACCCUCAGGAGUCCACACGCUGCUUCCUGGAUGGACCUGACCUCACACUGGCAGACUGCAACUUGCUGCCCAAACUACACAUUAUAAAGGUGGUGGCCAGGAAGUACCGUGGCUUUGAGAUCCCGGCGGAGAUGGCAGGGGUGUGGCGCUAUCUGAACCACGCCUACAAGAGGGAAGAGUUUACUAACACCUGUCCUGUUGAGCGCGAAAUCGAAUUUGCCUACAUAGAUGUGGCCAAACGAAUCAAAUAGCGACAGGGAGAGGAGGGAGAGACUGAGAAGGCCCAAUCCCAAAUUGUGUGUGUGUGCGUGUGUGUGUGUGUGUGUGUCUUUGUGCACUCACAGGUUGGGUUGCACGGCACUCAUAUGUAGUGUCAUGGCUGCUGUGAUUGUAAGACCACUAGACAGAGAGGUCUGCAUCCAUUUCACAUCCAGUCCUUUUGGCCAAAGCCCUCUGCGGUGCAUUAUAAUACAGCUGUAUGGUGUCAUUGAAGACACAGACACUGUUAGAAACCCAGAGUACGAACUCUAACAGCGUAUAGUACUAUCUACUAAUACUGCGACAUUGUAAAACUGUCCUAAAGCAGCCAUAAGCAUUCAUUAGAGUGUUAUAACCUCUGUGUCUUAGAGGAAUAGCAGAGCACCGGUAGACACGCCAUACUUAUAUGAAUAUGCAACACUUUGGCCUUGACCACAGUAUUAACCUAUAUAUAAAAAUUAACAUACACAUACUUUAUAAUUUAACUUUUCUUUAGUUUCUCCCCCGUCUUAUUUUGGCUAUCUAUGGGUGAAUAAUAAUCAAUAGUAAAAAGCCUUUUGAUGUCAAGGUCUGACUUUUCUAUUUGUACGUUUUGUAAAAGCAAAUCUGCUUUAAUACCAUUUAUAUCGAAUUCUAUUGACCAUAACAGGAUUGUGGGUGGGGCUUUCUGUUGAGAAGCUCACCUGUUUGGGCCUUCCUGAACAUGCAGGUGGAAUCGGAAGCCAUUUUGAUUGUGGCGGAAGUGUGUACUGUAUCUCUCUAUGCACCAAACAAAUACUGACACAACCCUGUGUACUCGCCUUAUAAUCCUCACCAGAGGAGACUUUAUUAAACUGAUUUCAGAACA